AAAACCCUAUGGUUAGUGGCGAAUGUUCACUGGCGCACUGCCUAUCUGGCCCCAAUUCCCUAGCGGACGGCCUGUGUCGCUUGCUGCUGCAGCAAGAACAGAAAUUAAAAAUACGAGACAUUUGAUAAUAGCAAUUGAAAUAAAGAGACUUUGACGGCACUACUAUAUCACUACUCACAUUCUCCUUCCCAUUUUCGUGCAUAUCAAAUAUACUCUUCCUCUUACUCUACGCCAGCUCUCCUCUCUCUUUCUCUCUCCUUUCGGCACCUCAAAAGAGUGGUGAAAUAGAGAGCCCAAGGGUGAGUAUGGGAGCUUUUUCAAAUGAAGAACUCAGUUUCUCUUCCAAUUUCGACUUCGCUUCCUCUCAAGAUCUCAGAUUCUCUAAGCAAAUCCAUGACAACGUUCACGGCAACAUCUACAUCGACCCGCUCUACUUGAAGUUCAUUGACACAGAACAAUUUCAAAGGCUUCGUGAUCUUAAACAACUAGGUGUGACACACAUGGUCUAUCCAGGAGCAGUGCAUUCUAGAUUUGAGCAUUCCCUUGGAGUGUAUUGGCUUGCCAAUGAAGCUGUCCAUAAGCUUAAAACCCACCAAGGUAUGGAGCUUGGAAUUGAUCACUUUGAUAUACAAACAGUGAAACUUGCAGGUCUUCUACAUGAUAUUGGACAUGGACCUUUUAGCCACUUGUUUGAACGCGAGUUUCUUCCUCAAGUUUGCAAUGGAUUGGACUGGUCUCAUGAGCAAAUGUCUGUGGACAUGAUUGAUCACAUUGUUGAUGAGCGUCGUAUUGAUAUUGAUUCUGGAACCAUUAAAAGGGUCAAGGAAAUGAUACUUGCUAGUUCCAAGUUUACGUUGACAAAAAGCUCAAGGGAGAAGCAGUUCUUAUAUGAUAUUGUGGCUAAUGGUCGAAAUGGAGUCGAUGUUGACAAGUUUGAUUACAUUGUCCGAGAUAGCCGUGCGUGUGCAGUAGGAUGCAAUUUUCAAUUUGAGAGGUUGAUGGAAACUAUGAGAGUAUUGGGAGAUGAGAUAUGUUAUCGAGCCAAAGAUUAUUUAACCAUCCACAAGUUAUUUGCCACACGAGCUGAUCUACACAGAACUGUUUAUACUCACGCUAAAGUGAAGGCAAUAGAGCUUAUGAUUGUAGAUGCACUAGUGAAAGCAAAUGAUUAUCUACACAUAUCAUCACAUAUAGAGCAUCCUUCUCAAUACUGGAAGUUAGAUGACACCAUUUUAAAAACCAUCGAGACUGCUCCAGACCCGGAACUGAAGGAAUCUAGGGAUUUGAUUCUUCGUGUUCGAAGGAGAGAUUUGUACCAGUUCUGUAAUGAGUAUGCUGUCCCAAGAGACAAAAUAGAGCAUUUCAAGGAUGUCACGGCACAUGAUAUUGUCUGUUCGCAGAAAAGUAGCAGUGAGACACUUAAUGAAGAGGAUGUUGCUGUGACCAAUGUCAGGAUAGAUCUGACACGCGGGAGGCAUAAUCCGCUUGAAAGUAUCCAUUUUUUCAAGGAUUAUGAAAGUGAGGAGAAGUUCUCUAUACCUGAUGAUCGCAUCAGCCACUUGCUGCCAUCAUCAUAUCAAGAUAUGAUUGUGAGAGUCUACUCCAAAAAGCCCCACCUGGUGGAAGCUAUUUCUGAUGCAUUUGAAAAUUUCCAGUUAAAGACUUAUGGAAUAAAAGCACAGGUUCAUGCAACACCUGAGAAGAAAAAACGCCGUGUAUGAUAUUUCCCCAGUCAUCACUACAAAAUCCACAGUAGAUAUAUUUGAUUAUAGUAUAUCUCAAGCAACAUAUUACAGUCAAUUUGUACAGAAGUCUUUAAAUGACACGUGAAAGGCCUCUCAAGAGUUAAACUAGAGUUUUUGUAGAAAGUUGCUACCAUUUACUGUAUAUGAUAAUAUCCUCCGAGUACUCUCAACAAUUUCUUGUAUCCUAGCAUUACUCGAAAAAUGGAUUCUUGGUGUAACCGACUUCUGAAUAUUACAGAAGCUGAUGCUUUUAUAAUACCUUCUCUUUCUACUUGGUGGUUGGUGAAUGAAUAUAUGUUAAGAGGAUUUGAUGUA